AUGCUCACAAAAAACACGGCCGAUAUGAGUCCAGACGCUGAAGGGAACUAUCCGAUCGAAUCGUUGCUUGGAGGUCGUAACAGCACCAGCAACAGUAGCUACCGCAACAGCACCUCCAGUGAGCUUCUCGCCGCCUCCUUUUCCUUCGGGGAGGGCUAUCCUGUCGACAACAACCAUAACAACAACCGCUCGGCCAAAGCCCGUCGCCACCACAGCACAGGAACCCUUCUUGAUUCAGCUCAGUCUUCUUCCUCCUCAACAAACCCAAUGAACAACAACAUCCGCCGCAACAACACUGUGCCACAAGUCCGUCGGGCCAGCCGCCCAGAGCGCCUGUCGAUUGAUCAUGCAGCCUUUAUUGCAACGUACCCCUCAUUGGACGGACUAGGGGAUAUGGGAUAUCGCAGCAGCAGCAGCAUGGACUACUAUCGCAACAACAACAACACUGCCGACACCGCCAACAACAGCUCGCCAUCACCACGCAGGAAAGCUUCGUCUUCAAAGCUGCGCAAGCAACAGUCGCAGGAGAGCCUCCCCGCUUCCCGCACCUCAACCUCGUCUAUUGCCUCCAUGGUUUCGGAUGCUUCCUCUUCGACGUCUUGUUCAUCCUCGGCUUCCUCGGUCCACGAACCCUUGACACCCACAAAGUCUUCCAAUUACCACAGCAUUGAUGGCAUUGAUGCAGUCUCAUCUACCAAGAAGUCCAGCAAGAGGGCUUCCAUGCCUGUGUCUAUUGUCCGUUCGAACAACAAGAACACCCUGAUCAACAUCGAGAGCAUUGCUGCCGACGAUGAACAAGAAGAGGAGAACCGUGUCAAGUCGUUGGCCGUGUGCCAAUCCCCCCAAUCCGACAAUUUCUUUUCCACGGAAGAGGGUUUCGCCGGAUCUGCUGCCAACAACUCCACUGCAUCCAGUGAGGGAGUCGUCAAGGCCCGUGGCCAGCGUCAAUUGAUCGCUCACUAA